CCGGGAUAUGAUAGGUCAGGAUUUCGUUGCAGUGCAGUCUCCUUCAGCUCGCCCUCCACCCGGUGACGCCUUCCUCGGUCGUGUGGUGUCAGGAACAACUCCACUAAAGUCACCUUAGUUUUUCGCUAGCUCAAUCUUCAGCUGUUACAAUGGCCGUGCCUCCUGCAUAUGCUGAUCUGGGCAAGUCUGCCAAGGACAUCUUCAACAAAGGCUUUGGAUUCGGCCAGGUGAAGCUUGAUGUCAAGACAAAAUCAGCCAGUGGAGUGGAAUUUAAAACGUCUGGAUCCUCUAACACUGAUACAAGCAAAGUUGCCGGCAGCCUGGAAACCAAAUACAAGAGGGCAGAAUAUGGCCUGACCUUCACUGAGAAGUGGAACACUGACAACACCUUGGGAACAGAAAUUACUGUUGAAGAUCAGAUUGCAAAGGGGCUGAAGUUGACUUUUGACACAACCUUCUCACCAAACACAGGCAAAAAGAGCGGCAAAGUCAAGACAGCUUACAAGCGUGAGUAUGUUAACUUGGGCUGUGACGUUGACUUUGACUUUGCCGGCCCUACCAUCCAUGGCGCCGCUGUCGUUGGCUACGAGGGAUGGCUCGCUGGUUACCAAAUGAGCUUUGACACUGCCAAAUCCAAAAUGACCCAGAACAACUUUGCCAUUGGGUACAAAACAGGGGACUUCCAGCUACAUACCAAUGUCAAUGACGGCGCUGAGUUUGGUGGAUCUAUUUACCAGAAGGUGAGUGACAAGCUGGAGACUGGAGUCAACCUGGCAUGGACCGCUGGCAGCAACAGCACACGCUUUGGUAUUGCAGCUAAAUACCAACUGGACAAAGAUGCCUCCAUCAGUGCUAAAGUGAACAACAAUAGCCUCAUUGGUGUUGGAUACACUCAAACUCUCAGACCAGGUGUGAAACUCACCCUUUCUGGCCUGGUCGAUGGGAAGAACAUCAACGCAGGAGGCCACAAACUGGGUCUGGGCUUGGAACUAGAAGCCUAAGCUUUCCCCACACUGCAAGGGACUAGGGAAUAUCAGAAGAAUCUGGCCUUAAAUGUAUGUCCAACUCAAACCAGCAAGGGGAAAUCAUGGAGAGAUUGGUUCAAAGGCUACAGCAACAAACCUAAGUACCAUUUCAAGGUGGUGCUUUUGUCACUGGUACAUUUUACCUUGUGUUGCUUUUUACUUUUGUAGUUGCAUCAGUUCAGGAGACUGUUGUUGGCGUAUUAUUUAUAAUUAAUGUCAUUGUUCCUGUCCAUCACUGCCAUAAUAAUUUGAUCAAUACAAUCGCUCUAUUUGUCAACAACUCUGUGUGGCGUCACUGUGAUAAUCCCAGACACUCCGUUUUUCUUUUGUGAAAACAUUAGUUUGCGGAUUCGUGUGGUUGGUGUUGUCAUACUUUUUCUUUACAUUCAUGAUUAUCUGAUAUUCCUUGCCAUUUAACAGUUCCUACUUUCAGACCAUCUGAAAUACUUAAUUUGUUGUUUUUGCUCAUAUUUAAAUACUGCUGCAUCCUUUCUCCUCAUGCACUCAAGGACGCUGAAGUUCUGGUUUGUGUCGACUGUUGGGGUUUGGGAUGUUCUGGUUAAGCUACACAUUUUGACCUUCCCUUCAACUUGGCAGUUUUUGGGUUGUUCAAAAGAUGGAUCUGUAAGUUUGAGAGACAUCUGCACUCAUGGUCGACCAAGCAAGAAUCAGUUUUUGCUAUUUCUGUGAUAAGACAACAGAGGGGCACACAAAUAAUGCUCACAGUAAUGCCAAACUAUUAUGGUCUGGAGGGGGUGUAACUUGAAGUUGCACACAUCUGCUCUAGAAACCUACUUCCCUGUCUUGGGUGGAGUCGGAGCCAACAAGAAGUCCUUAGGUGUAUGUAUAAAUUUUCAAUAAAGUCUUUGAACUCCU